AUGUCUCGUCGAGAACGCGAUUCUGACUCUAGGCGACACCGUUCUGGCUUUGACAGGGAAUCCAGUCCUAAGAGGUCGAGGAGAGAUGGGAAACCAGAGACAGAGAGAGUAACAGCUGACUCUAAUCUGGAUCAAAAGAACAGGCGCCGGUUGCAAGAUGCAUUGCCUCUUGAGGCUCCAUCUGGUCUGGAUUCUGUCAAGGUGGGGUCUGGUGGUGUGAUCAAAGAAACAGACAAGAAACCAGAUGGAUAUAGCGAAGGAAGCAAGCAUUCUUCUAACCCAACUGAAGUUCCUCGUUCUCGAUCCUAUUUUCAGCAUGAUGAGCGUGGUAAUGCCGCGCAAGUUGGGCGAAGCUUUGGCCAGAGAGCUGCUACCGAGCGUCGAUUUAGGGAUUCAAAGGAUUAUCGGGAUGAUAGGGCAGUAAACAAGUCAGCAACUUAUGAUUCGCAGCAAAGAGACAAGAAACCACGAGGUAAGGGGGAUGACAACAGUGCUUGGGGCCAUGAUGGUUUCUUGAAAAUGGAGGCUGAGCCGCCACCUCCUGCGAGGAAAAGACCUGCAUUUCGGGAGAAGAAGAUCCCAGUGGAGAAUGAAAAUCCUGGCAAAGCAGCUGUGGAAUCUGCAAGGUCACGCCAUUCUGAUCAUCCUAUGUCAGUCAGUGAACGGAGAGAGGAAAGAGACCGUAACCCUCGUCAUAUAGACAGAUCUGAGAGGCAAGCUGCAGGAAAUAGAGAACUGCAGAGGGUUGGCCUUCCAUCAAGAGAAAGAUAUGGUGGUGGUGGUGGAAAUUAUAGGGGAAGAGAGAGAUUCAGCGAGAGGCGAGGUUAUCACCCAAGUGGUACGGUAGGAGAGAAAUGGAAGCAUGAUUUGUUUGAUGACGGUAAUAGGAGUCCAACCACAAAGAACGAUGAGGAUCAGAUUGCAAAGAUUGAAGCACUCUUGGCGUCAUAG